AUGGGAACGCCGCUUUCCGUCGACGACUUGCUGAAGAGGCAGAAGGAGGAGCAGGCGGCGGCGGCCAAGCCCAAAUUCCUCAGCAAGGCCGAGCGUCAAAAGCUGGCUCUGGCCAAGCGGGAGGAGGAAGCUCGCGAGCAGCGCGCAAAGGAGGAGGAGGAGCGUGCCGAGCGGCGGCGGUUCGAGGCCGAGGCGGAAGCCGAGCGGCGACGACAGGCUUCGGAACGCUACGGCGCAGGCCGGGAUGGACGAGACGGGCGCGACUCGCGCGACUCGCGUGACCCCUGGGAUAGGCACCACGACCGUAACGGCGGGCUCGACUACCGCGACCAUCGUGAUCGGGACCGAGAUUACGACCGCCGAGGAGGACAUGGGCGGGACGACCGCGACCGCCCGCCGGAGAAGAAGGGACGGCGGGACGACAAGUCGAACGGCAGCGCGGCGCCAAAGGACGUCGACGAGCUCGAAGUCAUCAAGAAGCGGUACUUGGGGCAGCAGGAGGUGGUGAAGAAGCCGUGGAUGCGCAAGUCGACGAACAAGAACGCCAUCUUCCAGUGGGACGAGAAGGACGACACGAGCUCCAGGCCGUUGUGGACGGCGGACCCUGCUGCGCUGUCCGUGCCGGGGACGCCGGGAUCGUCUGGCUCUGGCGCGCGCGGAUCGCCGGCACCGGGUAACAGCAAGUUUACGGAUGCGCUCGAGCGGCGCCGCGCCGGAAAGGGCGGUAACGACGACCGACACUGGAGCGAGAAGCCGCUCGGGGACAUGAAGGAGCGCGACUGGCGUAUCUUCCGCGAGGACUACAACAUUUCCUCGCGCGGUGGCAAUAUUCCCCUGCCGUUGCGUAGCUGGCGCGAGAGCGCUAUCCCGGGCCCGAUUCUCGACGUCGUCGACCAGAUCGGAUACACGGAGCCGUCGCCCAUUCAGCGCCAGGCGAUCCCGAUCGGCCUCCAGAACCGCGACCUCGUCGGUAUCGCCAAGACGGGUUCGGGAAAGACAGCCGCGUUCCUUAUCCCCAUGCUCACGUAUAUUUCGCACCUCCCGCCGCUCACCGAGGACAACCGGCAUCUUGGUCCCUAUGCUCUGAUUCUCGCGCCUACGCGUGAACUGGCGCAGCAGAUCGAGGCUGAGGCGGAAAAGUUUGCGCGUAAACUUGGGUAUAUCUGUGUCUCCAUUGUCGGAGGACGCAGUGUCGAGGAGCAGCAGUUCAACCUCCGCAACGGCUCGCACAUCAUCAUUGCGACGCCGGGUCGUUUCAAGGACAUGAUCGACAAGUCGAUGAUCGUCCUGUCCCAGUGUCGCUACAUUGUCAUGGACGAGGCGGACCGAAUGGUGGACAUUGGUUUCGAGCAUGACCUCACGUUCAUCCUCGACGCGAUGCCGAAGGCGUACGAGAAGAAGGAUGACGCGAGCGCCGCUGCGCCUGCGAACGGAAACCAGGUCGGUUUCACGGGCGAGCGUGUCACGACGCUGUUCUCCGCGACGAUGCCACCGGCGGUUGAGCGCCUCACACGCAAGUACCUCCGUAAGCCUGCGACGGUGACGAUCGGUACGGCGGGCGAAGCGGUCGACACGGUCGAGCAGCGUGUCGAGUUUGUGCACGGCGGCGAGGAGAAGAAGAAGGCGCGCUUCAUCGAUCUCCUGCGCAAUACGGACCUGCCGCCGCCAAUCAUCGUGUUCGUCAACCAGAAGGCGACGGCGGACGUGGUGGCAAAGUACGUGCAGCAAGCCGGCUUCAGCGUCACAACGCUGCACUCGGGCAAGAAUCAGGAGCAGCGAGAGGCGGCGCUGGGCGCGCUGCGCGAGGGCCACGUCGACGUGCUCGUCGCGACCGACCUCGCGGGUCGUGGUAUCGACGUUCCCGACGUCAGUAUGGUCGUCAACUGGCAGAUGAGCGACACGAUUGAGAAGUACAUCCACCGUAUCGGUCGUACGGGUCGUGCGGGCAAGAGCGGUCUCGCGCACACGUUCCUCGACAACAACGACGCCGAGGUGCUGUAUGACCUCAGGCUCGAGAUCGAGAAGAGCAAGAAGAGCAGCAUGAACCAGGAGCUCGCGCGGCACGAGGCUGCCCGCCAGCGCAUCACGAAAGAGAUGAAACGCAAGCGGGACGAUCUCGACUAG